UUAAGUGUCGACACAACACAACACACGUGUCAUUGCAUUGAAGAGUCAAUUGAUUAUACUUUCAAUAUAUCGCAAAACACAUCACUUCAACAAACACUGUGUUUAUCACUUAAUUGAUCCUCAAAUUGAUUCAAAUAGACAAUAAUAUGACCAAUAAAGAAGUGGUGGCCAGUGAUGAUGGUGUCGCUAACAAGUGGUAUAUAAUAUAUCCGCAAUAUAUUAACACAAAUCUAAGUCUAUAUAAAGGCCGAAGACUGGCUAAGACCGAGUGCGUCACUGACCCGAAGUCCACCGAAAUCAAGGAUGUCUUGGAAUCACUCAACUGUUUUCAAGUGGUCUGUGAUCUCAAUAAAGUCUAUUCGAGAGAAGUGGACAAAGAGUUGAUACAAAAUAGAGGUUAUGUUAAGUAUGCGUUGAUUCGUAAUAAACAGACUGAAGAAGUGAUUGUUGGCAACAAAUUUGACGACAAGAAGAAGGUCUUGGAAUACGUGGCGAAAAUGAUACCAAAACUGAAGACUAGAACUAAAGUUAAUACACAACAAAGUGGUUCUCAACAGAGCCAACAAAGUCAAAGCCAAACCAAUAAGAAAAAUAAAAAGAAGAAAUAACUGUCACUUCUUAUAUCAAUUCAGACUAUUUGUUGUCAAUUAUCACUUCAUAUAUUAGACGUGUUUCUUAUAUUUUUGCGAUUUGUUUCAUAAUUACAGUUAAGUUUGACUGCAAUUUGUAUUUAAUAUAAAUAUAUAG